AUGUCUAGUUUUAUCGAAAUCGAAACCAGUCCUCUCCUGGCAGAAUCCAACACUGAUGAAGCCAAGAGAGUCCGAGACGAGGCUAAGGCUACACUGCAGCAGAAACACCCGACUCUUGUUGACAUGGCUGCCAUCGACAUACUGAAGGUCUUUGGAGCUAUGAGAGAGGCACGACUUGAGAUUGCGGAAUUAUGCAUUUCAAUAUCUUUUCCUCUCGUUAUUCUACAGUGCCGUUCUUUAAGCAACCUUCUGGCAUCUCUGUCUGCAUUCGAUGACCAAGGGAAAGUACCCGAAAUGACGUGGCAUGCACGGAAUCUCUCCAUAUUGGGCAAACUGGAAAAUGGAUUUGGCUACUCGUGGAGAUACCAGUGGUGUAUUGUGUUCGAACGCUGGAGUAAUCAAGUCAAGGAUCAUCACUGGCUCGGUGACAAGACCGGCGACUUGCAGAGCAACGUUGCCCACGUUCGGCCUAUUUUCCUUUCUGUGAAAGAGGCGUUUAUGCAGAUUGACAAGAUGGCUGGGACAUCUCUAGUGGACUUAUUGUCGGAUGUACAGCACGCUUUUGACAUGUUUGAGCAUAGGUUGGCGGAAUGUUCGGCGAAGGCCGAGGAAUUGCGUGUCGAACAAGAACGCCCCAAGCACCUCUCACCAUUCGUCAAUUCUUCUAGUGGUCAAUCAUGGUCGAGCGGCUCCAAUAUUCCAUCUGGUGGCAUUACCCAAAGAACCUCAUUCGGGAGAGAUGGUAACGCCACUGCAGUCCAGGUGGACAACAGUUCUACCAAGCCCAAGGAGAGGCGAUUGACGAAGCUACGACAGCGCUUUAGCAUCAACCCUGACGCACGUGAAAACCAUUGGACAACUCUCUUUGGACUUAGCAAAUCACCCGUUGUCCUGAUCCUUACCGCCGCAAUGCCACCAACCAUCUACUCUACCAUCCUAUGUGGACCUCCGGAUGCAGUACCUGCGUUAGACAGCAACUUCUACUCAACGCUCAGUCAGUUCAUCUCAUCACUCGCAGGACUGUACGUCAUCGUGAAACCAAUAUUCAGCGGUAAUAAGAAGGACAAGAUCAAGACAAGCUUUCCUAAAACAUUCUACACGAUGCUCACACUGUCGUUGCUGACGAGCCUGACGAGCGCGGUCGCAUACGCUUGGAGCCCAGCGGCUAGUAUCCCGCUGGCAUACGUGUCUGGACUGACGCUUAAUAUUGCGACUCUCCUGAUUAUUCAGGACUCGGGGAAUCAGAUCAAAGAGACUAACAGGUACAACGAGGACUUGGUAUUUGCUGUCAAUGAGUUGGAAAUGGAACUGGCAGAGAAUCGGGCGGAGAGAUCGUAA